AUGAAUGGAGCUGGAGGUGUUGCCUGUGAAGCCAGACGCAAGGCCCCAGUGGAGGUGAGCAAAGACAAAGGGGUUGUAGCGGUUGGGGCGUUCGGGUGGGUCAGUAACUACGACGUGCCAGUCAUGUCAACUGAUCUCAAGGCAGUAAGGAGAAUGGCGAGGAAGGCAAGCGAGAGAGGAGGGGGCUUUGCUUCGGUGCAGACAAUGGCUCUAGUGUGGACGGGGCGGGAGUCAUAG